AUGAAGUACUUACACUGGAAGCCAUCAAAAGGGAAUGUAUUUCAAGAAGCGUUCCAAGCAGCAUUCGCACAAGACUACGAUGUGACGGACAUUCAGUGCACAUUUGCGAGCGGGGGAACAGGGUUAAGAGAUUCCGUGGCAGCCUUGUUAAGGAAACCUGAAGGAUUUCGAGGAGCACCCUUAUUCGCUGAUGAUAGGGCAACGGACCCUGUAACAGAUCCUGUAUGUCAAAUAAGACCUGAACCAGAAGAUCCGACCGGAUUACUCUACAGGCUACGGAUCACAGAUUUCACAAGAUGUGGCGUACUCAAACGAAACGGGUUUGUCCACGUACGAGUAUGGUUCCCGCAAUUCCCUGGUGUGGUGAUGCAGUCAGAUCAAGAGCUGAUCAUAAUGUGCAAGCCUCCAGAACCAACCAUCAUCGAGAACAAGGCAGCGGGGUUCGCUGGCAGCUUCCCUCACGGAGCGAGAGUGUCAGGAGUGGUGGAGGAGACUCCAGGACGCUUGGAGUACGAGGUGGCGCUGUACAAGGAGGCUCCGCCCGUCACCAGACAUAACAACCACUCCGUUGACUUGCCUGUUGAUCAGGUAACUGGUGCGGUACCAAUCGGCACGAAGCUCCAGUUGCGCGCGCGCAUCAACCCAGACUCGGCGUGGCGGCACAUCAAACUGCUGGAGGUGGCCGUCUCGCCUGACCCUGAUCGACCACACGCGCCCGGCGCCGUGCUACUCGUCAAAGAUGGUUGUCGAAAUCGUGACUUCGCCUCGAUAAUCCCGCACCAGCCAGCUCGCUACCGAGAGAGACAUAACGAGGUGUUCCUAGACUUUGAAGCAUUUCUACUCGCUUCCAUGAAGGAACGCUCCACGCUUUGGAUUCACUCGCAAAUCAAGGCUUGCAUGGACGCUGCUGACUGUCAGCCAGACUACUGCUUGGAUUUAUUUGAACCAUCAGGUCACGGUCGUCGACGAAGAUCGCUGGCUGAGGGUUCCCACAGCCACAACAUCACGAGUUCGGCAUUAGUGGCUGACAACUCUACGACUCCAUUCACACGGUUUAAAGAGAACUUGGAAUACUCAGUAGUGAUGCCUGGGGAACUGUUCCAUAGAACUCCUAUAGAGGCCACGUGCGCUACGUCCAUGAUGGUCGCUGUUGCUUUAGGAGCACUUCUGUUCAUGUCUGCUUUGCUAAUGUGCUACUUAGCAACAAAAUUGAACUCUACGAUGCUAAAGAACAGCAGUCUACAGUCACCAUCAGGCAAAGGAUUCGAGCAGAUCUUGCGAGAGCUGGCACAUCAUUCAUUACCAGACACUGGGUACACUGGACGACCAACCGUACAGUGA